CCCACUUCUGGUCUUACUUACUGGUACCUCUGCGGCCUCAGCACAACGCCUGGGCUCACACACAGCUGCUCACAACUAUGGAGAACAGCACCGAAGAGCUCAAUGAGCUUUUCGCAGCGGCCGCACCAAACGGACUCCCUAAAGAUGUUCUGGCGGAACUGGAGUCGCUGCUGCGCAUUCACGCCAUCUCCGCACAGGAGCUUUUCUACAAAUGGGAGUCCUACUGCUUGAAGAUGGGACCAGAUGAACUCAAACUGGAUCUCGAUACUGUGCGAUUAUUUAAGAAGGAUGUUCAAGACACACUGGAGCGAGAAUCGCGAGGCAAAGCUGGACGCCAGACUGACAGAAGAGCGGCAGCCACUGCGACGCCGCGGGCUACAAACACAUCCGACGUCUUUGGAAUGUUAGAUGGACUCACACCGAAUGCCUCCCACGGCCGGACGCCAGCAAAACGCAAGUCGGAUUUUGCGUCGCCCUCGAUGCACAAGAUUGGACGGACAGGUCAAAACGCGUCUCCCAUGAGCACAAGCACAGCAGUCAAGACGGCGAACACAGAGGCAAUUCCGUCGAUCUCAUUCAACGAACGACAAAACGCAGGCGAGACGCUCGAGACGAUCAACUCCCACCUCUCACUCCCCGAAACACCCAUCGCACCUUACGCUGAAGCGCGGAUCAAGCCGACCGCGAACACCGACCUCAAAAAAUUUGGCUACAAGCCCAUGGCGAUGCGCUUGUCGGAGGCCUCGGAGAUCCUCGACGACCGCAUUGACGAAUUCACGGCCCUGUUCCAGAAGCAAUACGAGUCCGACGAAAUCACAUUCGGUAGUGCAGCAACGCAAAGUACGAGCGAGAUUGUGGCGGUAGGCCGCAUCGCAUCAGACAGUAUGGAGGGCAAGCUGAACCCGGCGUCGCUCGUGCUCGAGACGUCGCGACGGACGGGCGCUGGCGUGCGGGUUCCACUGAAGCUCGACUCGGUGCCCUCGGCCAACUUCUUCCCGGGGCAGAUGGUGGCCCUGCGCGGGAUCAACGCCUCGGGAAACUACUUUUCGGUGAAGGAGGUGCUUCCCACACCUCUACUCCCACCGGCAGCGUCCUCGAUCGUCAACAUUGAGAACAUCAACGAGAGACUCGAUGCGGCCGGCUCCUCCCCGCUUAACAUCCUCCUCGCCUCAGGGCCCUACACGGCUGACGACAACCUCGCAUUCGAACCACUGAAGGAGAUCUGCCGCAAGGCCGCCGAGAGCUACGCCGACGGGGUCAUCCUGAUGGGACCUUUCUUAGACGUGGAACACCCUCUCCUAGCCUCGGGGGAUUUUGACCUUCCCGAGAUCCCGGGUCUUGACCCUGACACAGCAACGCUGACGACCGUCUUCCGACACUGCGUCGCCGCCCCGCUGCAGCGGCUGGCGCAGGCGGUACCCAGCAUCACAAUCGUGCUGGUGCCGUCAGUGCGCGACGCGGUGAGCAAACACGUCUCCUGGCCGCAGGAGCAGCUCCCAAAGAAGGAACUCGGCCUGCCUAAGCAGGCACGCAUGGUGUCGAACCCAGUGACGCUGUCGCUGAACGAGACGGUCGUCGGGAUGUGCUCGCACGAUGUGCUAUACGAGUUGCGGCGCGAGGAGGUGCUGCACGGCAAACCGAAAGAGGGGAACCUGCUGAGCCGACUGCCGAAAUACCUGAUCGAGCAGCGACACUUCCACCCGAUGUUCCCCCCGACGGCGCGAGAGAUGCUUCCGCGGCCGGGGACGGAGACGGGGCUGGCGACGGGGGCGAUGCUGGACGUGAGCUACUCGAAGCUAGGCGAGUGGUGGAAUGUGCGGCCGGACGUGUUGAUAGUGCCCAGCAUGUUACCGCCAUUUGUCAAGGUGGUCGAGAGUGUCACAGUGAUCAAUCCGGGGACGUUAUCGAAACGACGAGCGGCAGGGACGUAUGCACAGCUGGCGAUCCACCCACGGACGAUCAGCGCCGAGGAGCGAGACCAGAAGCAGAUCAGUCAUAAGCUGUAUGAACGGACACGCGUGGACAUCAACCGGAUAUAACGAGCAUGAAGAAGCCUUAUGAAUGGAGCUUGCAAAUAAACCAUAUUAUUGGGAAUUG